AUGGCAUUUGCUUUAGCUAAUGUUGCAGUUACUCUGCUAUUUGUGGUGGUUCUAUUGUCUGGAUCAGCCGUACAGGGCAUUUCUCAGCCGUCAGUUCGCGAGAUCGUUAAGAAUAGACUUAUUGCAGGAUUCAAGGAAGGGUGUAAUCCGCAAGAAACUUCCCUUCAUAGCCUACAGCAAGCUGUAAGGACAGCUUAUGUAGAUCUACAACGACGAGAAGGGAAGAAGACCGAGGUGUCUUCUGCGUUGGUACUAAAUGUCCACGAAACAUCUUCUGAAGAUUAUACAACAUACAGCAGAACACAGACAUUAUUUCAAUUACAAUUAUCUGAAUAUGGUGGAUAUAGAUUAUCUUCAUUAAAUUUAAAUUCAAUACAAACAAAUACAUGUAUAAUUAAUCAACAACAUCUAAAAAAAGUAGGAGUUAGUGUUGUAUCUGUUACAGAUUGUCCUCUUGUUGCAGCAGAAAUGGAUGCAGCACUUACUGCAUUCAGGGAAAAUAGUUGUGUUGCUUUCGUAGAAAAAGAUUCUAUACAAAAUCUUUAUCCAAUCUUUGAGGGUCCUCCUAUUGAUGAAGCUGCAAUGCGUAGUACCCUUGCAUCUGGUGGUGGUACUUUACCAUAUUGGCUAGAAGUAGCUAGUGUAGAUAGAGCAUGGAAAUUAAGUCAAUGUGAUAGAGAAGUAGUAGUAGGUGUAGUAGAUACAGGAGUAGCAAUAGAGCAUCCAGAUUUAUCAGGUAAUAUAUGGCGUAAUGAGUACGAGGUACCAGGUAAUGGUAUAGAUGAUGAUAGGAAUGGGUAUAUAGAUGAUAUAAAUGGUUAUGAUUUUUACCUAAAAAGAGCACAACUAACAGACCCUCAUGGUCAUGGUACUCAUUGUGCAGGUAUAAUAGGUGCAACACCUAAUACAACAACAGCACAAGGAGUAUGCAAGAAAAUAAGUAUUGCUGGGUUACGCUUUCUUGAUGAUAAUGGAUCAGGUGCUACUUCUGAUUCAAUAGAGGCAAUAAAUUAUUCAAUAGAGAUGGAUUUCCAUCUAACUAGUAACUCAUGGGGAGGACCAGAUGUAUCUAGUGGCUUACUACAAUCAAUAAAAAGAGCUAAUGAUAUAGAUCAAUUAUUAAUAUCUGCGUCAGGAAAUAGUGGUAAUAAUGCAGAUAUAAGACCUGAGUAUCCAGGUGCAUACAAGGUAGACAAUAUAAUAAGUGUUGCAGCUACUGAUGAGCACGACAGAUUGGCGAACUUUAGUAACUAUGGAGUAAAUGCUGUACAUAUUGCUGCUCCUGGUGUAUUUAUUAUAUCUACUUUCCCUCCUAAUACUAUUAAAUCCUUAUCUGGUACCUCUAUGGCUACUCCUGUUGUAUCAGGAAUUGCUGCUAUGCUUCUUUCCUUACGACCUAUGCGUGUACAAGAAAUUAAGGAAAUUAUCUUCACCACUGCAGAUAAACCAAGAACUCUUAAGGUUUUCUUUUCUUUGUUUGUUUCGUUGGUUGGUUAG